UGCAGCUGAAGGAUGAGCAUAAGGAGGACAUUGCUAGGGAAAUGGGUUUGUUUGGUGGUCCUAAUGGUUUUGAAGCUUGGAUGAAUCUUAAUACACAUCCUUCUUGCAAACAGAAGCAACGGAUCAAAGCCUACACCUUAAUGCAAACUUUUGCAUGAGGCCUCAAUGGUCUGUUGAGCAAUCUUGUGCAAGGCAUGACUGAAUCAGCUGAUACCGAUACUGAAAAUGACGAUGUUGUUGAGCAAGCUAGUGAUGAAGAAAAUCUUGACUUAAGUGCGUCUGAAUCAGAGGAGAAUGAAGAGAUGUCUCCCACUGUUGUUACUAGACGUGGUAAACCACGAACCCGUCUUGCUGGUAAAGGAAUUGUUGAUGAUCACACUGUAACACCAACAGAAAUUCUUCAAGAAGGAAGCACAAGUUUAUCUCCUCCUCCUAUGCACUCUCAAAUUGCGGUUCCAACAUAUAGUGAUUUGGAUCGGUCUGAAGCUGAAGGUAACAUUGCUGAUGUUUUCGGGUUCACACCUGAUUCACCGUCAGAAAGUACAGAGCAAGCUGAAAAGAGGAUUAGGGGCAGUGCAGCUGUUCUUGCAUCAAGUCUUGGUUUGAUGAAGAAGCCUAGGAUUUCUGGAUUGAAUGAAGUUGUGAAGAAUAUUGUUGCAGAAGAGCUUGGAAUUCGUGUUGACAAAGAUGGAGAAUAUGAAUCUGUUGCCCUUAACAAUGCAACAACUGGGCUGGUGAAACUAUCUGAAUCUGUUGCCGUAAACAUUGGAACAUCUGAGUUGGAGAAGGAAUCUGAACCUGUUGACUUGAGCAAUGCAACAAAUGAGCAAGAGCAUCAUGGUUUUGAGACUAGAAUAGAAAGUGGUGUUGUUCUUCACGAUUUAACUGCUGAUGAAAAGGUGGACAAGGAUAAUCGGUUAAAGAAAAGGAAACGUCUUGCAUUGCCGACAACUGUACCAGCAAGAAAAUCUCCAAGGCUUGCACGAUUGCGUGAUGAAAGCAUUCCUCAAUGUUCAGAUUCAAGUUUGAAAACCAAGAAUGUUACAAAAUCUUCAGUUUGUACUAAGUCUGCAAGCAAGCAAGAUGGGAAAACAGUUGCCAGUGCCAUACCAAUAUCUCCUUCUGCUACAAAAUCGCCGACAGUAAAAGAUGGCAAUUCAAAAGACAGUGCCAUCCCUAUCUCUCCAACUGUUGUUGAUGCUUGA